GCUUAAGCGCAUUGACGAGAGACAUAAAGUCGCAGAGCUCCGAGACACGAGGUCACAUAUGAUCGAGACGCGAAGUCACAAAUCAAAGGCGAACGCACGAAGUCUCGACGAGCGACGGAGGCACGAAGCCCAAGAGAAAAGGGACCAAAGUCCUCAGAAACAGAGACCGAAGUCUCAAAGGAUGCCAAAAAUUUGGGGUAAAUAUACCCGAUGAUGAGGUGAUGCGUAAAGCACCAAACCUCUUGCUACACGGAGGUGGGAUGUGAGUCCGCACCAACGCUGAAGCACGACCGGGCCAAUGAAUGCACCAAGGUCGGAGAAAAGGAUGAGAAAUGUCGGUGCUGGGGUCGCCGGAGUCGAUGGUCGCCAAAGCGGGUUGCCAGAGCAAGUCGUCAGAGCAAGCCGCCAGAGUGGUUGCCGGAGUGAAUUACCACAAUACGUCGCUAGAGCAGGUCGCCGUCGUAGGCGGCUGGAGCGAGUUUCCGAAGUCGACGUCGCGAGCAUGGUAAGGCUCAUGGUGUUGAACAUGCGACGGUCCUGACCUCACAGCCGUUAUGGCUGCUGAUGGGCGGGACCGGAAGUCAAGGGCCAGCAUAGAAUUCGGCAGCGAGGAGCCGCGACGGUUAUAGCGGAAGAGACGGCUCGAAGAGUAUAUGUCGUCGCAAGCAGCGCCUCUCGUGGGCUCUUGUACUGCUGGUCCUAAUCCGCAUGGAGGCUGGCGAGUUAGUCAGUUACGUUGCAUUAUUUCCCUUUGGGGAGACGGAGCCACUCCUAUGGCGGUUAGGUGUUACAGCGAGAACAUAUUGGUAGAACGAGAUAACAGUCGCCGAGAAUAGUGUCCGCGUCGUGAGUAGCGUCGGUCAGCGCCGCGGCCGACAUUUCAUACACUAGCCACGGUCUUGUAACGUGGGCAUCAUGUAGGCCACACAGCACGCACGGGCAUUUUCCCGAGCUUCAGCCAAUGCUAGCGCGCAACUGCGACGCUGCAGAGGCCUGCCAACAGCACGACGGGUAAAGAGAAAAGCAUAGGGUCGUAGAGAGG